AAGAGGACGCGAGUGAGAUGUGGACGGCGAUCCUUCAUCCUCGCUCUUUCAUUUAACGUCAACAUCAAACGCCUUCUUUAUUUAAACCCUUCUCUCAACGCUGUUCACAAGAAACCCCUCUCGCUCGAUUGCUCUAUGUGCGGUUUUGCUUUGUGUUUCGCUUAUAACGCAUUGUUCCUUGUGAUUGUCCUCCUUUUCUUUAACCACAUAUCGGUGAUUUUUGGAUCUGUCUCUCUGAUCAAAAUGGAGAAUGAUGGUCAAUGCUCACAAGCUGCAUCGCCUAUCUACGAUUGUCUUUUAUUUGAUGUUGAUGACACCCUCUAUCCUAUCAACUCUGGGCUGUCAGUUGAAAUCACCAAGAAUAUUGAAGAAUAUAUGGUUCAAAAGCUUGGAAUUGAGGAAAGUAAGGUACCCGAAUUGUGUUUUUCGCUGUACAAAAAUUAUGGGACUACGUUGGCUGGUCUUGCGGCAAUUGGCUACGAGAUUGAUUAUGAGGACUUUCACAGUUACGUUCAUGGGAGAUUGCCCUACCAUAAGAUGCUAAAGCCCAACCUUGUUCUUAAGAGUAUUUUGCAUAGCCUGCCUGUUCGUAAAGUUAUCUUUACAAAUGCUGAUAAGGCUCAUGCAAUCAGAGUGAUUAGCAGGCUUGGACUAGAAGAUUGCUUUGAAGGAAUUAUAUGCUUUGAGACUUUGAACCCCACCCACAACACCAGUUCUUCCGCUGAGCUGAAAGCCACAGGAUCGAGUACCAAAAUCCACACUGAAAUAUUUGACAUCAGUAGUUUUCGACCUGGAGCUGGCUCAGAACUUCCAAAAAGCCUAGUUAUCUGCAAACCAUUUAAGGAGGCAUUUGAAGAAGCUUUUAGGAUAGCCAACAUCAACCCUCAUAAAACAUUGUUCUUGGAUGAUAGUGUCCGGAACAUAGAGACCGGCAAAACAGUUGGUCUUGGCACUGUUUUGGUUGGUACGUCUUGCAGGACAAAAGGUGCGGACCAGGCAUUAGAGAGCAUUCACAACAUCAAGGAGGCAUUGCCAGAGCUCUGGGAAGCUAAUGAGAAGGCUGAAAGGGUUACGUAUCCAGGGAAGGUUCCAAUUGAAACAACUGUAAUAGCUUAAGUUUUAGGUUCUUUCCAAUGCACUAACAUAGGACAGGGAUGGGUAUCAUCUCUCUUUAUACUAUUAUUCUGUUUUAUCCCUGGAUUUCAAAUGUGAAUUAAUCCAAAUUAUUGGGCACGUUUGAAUCUCAAUGCAGAAAAUCCUCAGUGUUUGUACCAUUAUGUAUCGAUCCUUGGCAUGUAAGCUGUUCCUGACGUGGAGGACCGACAUU